AUGCCUCCGAAUCCAAAAGAUCUUGAAGAGCCGAUGCCAGCAAAUGUGUCAGAGUGGAAGAAAUUAGCUAGUAGAGCAUGGGGUGCUUUUGGUGCAAUUAAAGACUUGGGCUCUCAGGAGAAAGUCAAAUCGGCGUCUCGUUUUGAAUUCAGACAUUUCCUUGGUCUGAGAGUCAUCUACGAAGACCAAAACCCCAAGUCGACCCUGCCCGUCUAUAUCAACAACCAAUUUCCUCCGGCUACGAACGCAGGCCUUGAAUCCCUAGAUGGUUGGAACGCCUACCUCAACAUGAUCGAGGAAUUCGCCAAUCGGAACGAGACCACCGAAACUGUCUCGCGAACAUGCGUUCCGAUGAAUUUGGGCGCGUUCCAGUUCCAGAGACAUGUCCUGCUUGGGGACAACAAGGCCGCCGAUGUGAGCAAAAUUUCCGAGGUUUCGCCAAUUGCAAGUUGA